CUGCUCAUCAUCCAGAGAUCAACUGAGACUACCAAGCUCCAGUCAUUCCGACCACUCCUGGGGCUUCUUUGCUAAAACUUGCUCAUAAUGCUCUCACUCUAUAGUGCUGCCGUAGUUGCGGCUGUUUUCGCUACCUCCUCCGCUCUUUCUCUUCCUCCACUCAUACCCUCUAUCCCAGGAGUCACUGAGCCCUUGGCCUCCAACGCACCUCCUUUGCCCAUUCUGCAGAUCCCAACUCCUCCCCUACCUUCACCUCCUUUUACAGGAAGCAACAUCAGGCCCAAGAAGAUCGGAUACUUCUGGACUGCUGCCGGUGACAAUCAACAUGCCGAUUUUCUUGCCACCUACUCACUGGAUGAUGAUACCUUUGGUACUCUGAUCUGGGUCACUGACGUCCCCAGUUCUGGCAAUUCUCCUCACCACUUGGGGCCCUCUCUCGACGGCAAGACUCUCGUUGGUGGCGGCCUUCUAUCCCUAUUGAAGACCCAAGACACCGCCUUCUACUUUGACACUACCAACCCUUACCGCCCAACAUUCAAGAAGUCAAAUCGUGCCAUCCUCGGCUCCAUCACUGAUGAGAUCCGCGCAAAGCCUGAUGGCGGCUUCUUCAUCACCUACAUGGGCUCUGCUGUCGGCACCAGCCCUGGCCGCCUGAUCGAGACUGACAAGAACUUCGACAUCAUCGCCGAAUGGCCCGCACUCACCGAUGUCGAGUCCACCCUCAACAUCCUCGGCGAGCAAUUCUCUCCCCAUGGCCUGUCCGUCGACUGGGACAACAACGUCAUGCUCACUUCCGACUUCGUCGUACCCGUCACCAUCCUCAAGCCAGCCUCUUUGCUCGGCAUCCAGCGCGCAAACACGCUGCGUCUGUGGGAGCUCGACACACGCAAGAUCAUCUCGACCAUCACCAUCCCCAACGGCGGCGGCAUCCAGGACGUCAAGUUCAUCCCGGGCAACAAAGAAUCUGCCGCUCUCGCAACGGCCGUGCAUCUCGGCCAGGUGUGGAUCAUCUACCCAUUCCGCAAGAACGCACAGGGUGUGCAGGGCGUCGCCGAGAUGCUUUUCGAUCUGGGCCCCAAGGCGCGUGAUACCAUUGCCAUCUACUCGGACAUCACCGACGACGGCAAGUUCGCCUACUUCACCCUCACCACGGCUAACCAUGUUGCGGCGCUCGAUAUCUCGGAUCUGAACAAUAUCAAGCGUCUCGAUGACCCGGAUGAGGACCAAGGCAUCGUCGGCCCGCAUUACCUCAAGGUCACGCCCGACAAGAAGAACUUGCUUGUCACUGAUUACUUUGUGCAGACUGGCAGCAUUGGGGUUAUCAACACCCCGGCAGACUUCAAGGCGCAGUUCAUUGAUAUCAAUGAUGAUGGUAGCUUGAGCUUUAAUCGCUCGAUCAAUUUCUUGGAUGAGUUCGCGAACCGUGGCGGUGGCUGGCCGCACUCGGCUGUUGUGUUUGAUUUGACGGAUCCUAACAAUCCGAUCUACUACUAGACGGUUUGGGGGCAAGCGAGAGAAUGCUAUAUCGGAGUUGUUGGGUAAGAUAGACGAGUUGGAUAGAAAUAAGGUUGAAUGUUCGGGCAAAACAUAUCUUCAAUGACUGUCGCUUACUUUUAUCAUGUCUAAUCUAAUGCUUAAUACAUUGGUAAAAUCGAAC